UGCGCCAGCUGGGCCUGCCCACGGACCUGGCGGCGGCGGCGCUACUGGCGCAGGCGGCGGACGACUACGUGCGGGGCGAGAAGAACACAUCCGAUAAGAGCCGCGCCAACCUGCUCGCGCUCGUCGCGCAGACGGGGGGCGGGCGCGUGGCGUGGAAGGGGGAGGCGGGAGCGGAGGCGGAGGCGGAGGCGGAGGCGGGAGACGAGGGGGGGCCGGGGGAGGCGGCGGGAUUAAUGCGGGGUUCAGAGGCGGAGGUGGAGCAGGUGGGGGAGGAGCUGAGCGCAGAGCUGGACGCGUGCAUGCUGUCCUACUUUGGCUUCCACUGGCCGCACUCCGCGCUCAUGAUCGAACAGGUGCGUGGGAGGGCACGGGGUGGGGAGAGGGGCAAUGGGAGGGGAGGAGGGGGCAAGAGGAGGGGAAGAAUGAGACUCAAUUGA